CAAGCAAGCUACUGAGCUCUGCAGAAGGGCAAAUGGAACAAGAGGGGAAGGUUGUUACUAUUUUGGGUGGCUUUUUGAAUGAGUUGAUGAUAGCCAAGAAUUGAUUUCAUCAUGACUGGGGCAAAGUACUUGUUAUGCAUUCACAACUCCAUUCACAACUCAGCCACCAGCUCCAGUUAUCAGAUUGUGAAUUGUUCUAGCAGAAAGAUCAAAAACUCUCAGAAAUAUUUUUAUUUUGACACAUUAUUGGAGGGGAGGAAUUUUUUCUUCACACUGUCACAGACUGGAAGCUUUUUCUUGAAUGCCUUGGUUGCUAGUUUUAGAUGUAUUUCCCUUUUCCUUGCAGAUAAGAGAUGAGGACAGCGGCUACAACAAAAAUCUGUUUUGCAUUCCUAAGCAUUAUGAAGAGGAUUUAGAAAGAGUCUUCAUUCCUCACGGACUCAUCCUGGACAGGACAGAGCGUUUGGCUAGAGAUAUCAUGCAAGACAUGGGAAGUCAUCACAUUGUUGCACUCUGUGUCCUUAAAGGAGGCUAUAAAUUCUUUGCUGAUUUGCUGGACCAUAUAAAAGCACUGAAUCAAAAUGGUGAUAAAUCUGUGCCCGUUACCGUGGAUUUUGUCAGAAUAAAAAGCUACUGUGUGAGUGACUUUCUUUUCUUUGGAAAAUUGACUCUCUCCAUAGACUGGCAUUCUAAAUACUGGUGGUUUGUGUGAGAACCCCCCAAAAAUGGAGUUUAUGUGUACAUUCUCUUCAAAUUACAUACUAAAAAGGAACUGAUUUACUGAUCUGCCCCAAAGGGUGGAUAUUAUAUAUUCACUGGGAUAAACAUAGCAGAACACUCAAGAUGACAAAGCCAGGGGCAGAUCUCCAACUCCUUCCUCUUGUAAGAAGCAAGAGCAGCUCACCUUUCAAACAAAUCCAGGACAACACUUUGGGGCAUGCUUUAUGUGACUUCCAUCUCUUCUUUCUCCUUCUAGAAUGAGUCACCUGCAGAAAAAAUCAGUUUUAUUGGCGAGGAGCUGUCUACACUAAGUGGGAAGGUAUGAAUUGGCAUCUUCAGCUUUUAAAGGAAAACAACUGUUCUUGUGUGUUUUCCAGGAAAUCCAUCUUUAUUGAAGAUUUUGAUACUGCAUACUUCCAGCCUCUUAACACUGAUUUAAAAUGCUGGGCUUUGAAGCAGUGAAUAAUUCCCACUGAUCUCAGUGGAAACUUGGAGUGAUCAGCAAUGAAUGCUCCCAAAGGUCCUAUUCCCCAUUUUAUCCCAGAACCCCCAGAAAUGAACCACACUCACCUGACUCAUUCAGUGCCUCUGGAAUACUGGUGCUGUACACAGAGCAAUAUACAGACCUGACACAGGUGCCUUUAGCACCAUAUUUAAGCUUUCAGAAAUACUUACAA